UGCGCGGGGCGGCGGGCGUGCGGUGUCGGGCGGGUGUUGCCGUGAGGGGUGCGGGCGGGUGUGUGUGUGCGGGGCUGCCGGGAGACAUGAGCGAGAGACAAGGAACCGGAGCUACAAAUGGAAAAGAUAAGACGUCUGGUGAGAACGAUGGACAAAAGAAAGUUCAAGAGGAAUUUGACAUAGACAUGGAUGCGCCAGAGACAGAGCGGGCGGCCGUGGCGAUACAGUCCCAGUUCAGGAAAUUCCAGAAGAAAAAAGCGGGAUCCCAGUCCUAGUCGCUACCUCAUAGCUGAAAGCAAAAUAACCCUGAAAUGAUUUAUCGAGAAAAAGAGAAAUAUCACAAAGAUGCAUGUACAGAAAUGAUCAAUAUUUAAAGCCCCAUUGGCAGAUAAUAAACCAUAAGCUUCUGUGUGACUUCAUCCCAGGUGUUUCACACCCAUUAUCCUCUGUAACUCACCGUUUUACUUGAUGUUGUAAUAAAAAGUUAGGGUGAAGUAAUUAAAGUGUCUGCUUUCAUCUGUCUUUUCAUAUAAAUCUAGCAAGUGCAGCGUUACAAAUGAAUCCAGCCCAGAUGCCUAUUUUCCUCUUCACUUAAAGCUUGGAGACAUAAUGGCACCGUAUGUUACAAGGUUUUUGCUGAGGGAUGAAAGCGUGUGCCUCAGCCCUGUUUGCCUCAUUUGGAGAGUUCCAGCUGCCAGCCAAAUGUAACAAUAAAAUCCCUUUCUCAUAAUAAGCUUAAAGUAAAAAGUUGCAGACAGAAGCUGACAGGAGGAGGAAAGGUGUGUAGGAAGGCAUGGACGUUUAUCUUUGUCUUGCAGUUAUGCCAGUGAAGUGGCUUAAAUGAUGAAACGGUCACCGUCCUUCCUGUUUGAAUGAUAACGCCCGGCUUGGACCACAUUGACUGUUAUGGAGGAAAAAGAAGGAAAAUCCAAUUUCAGACACCUUUGGAAGUUUUUUAUUUUAUGUUUUAUUUUAUUUCUAAAAAUAGAAGCUGGCCCUCUGUACUCUGUUCACUCUCCAUGUAGUCAGUAACAAUUCCUGUUCCAUUUCCCUAUUUCCUAUUGUUUGUAGUGCUUGAUGAGUAACUCAUGGCAGACUCCCGGUCUCCAUCUAUACUAUUUGUAAUUUGAAGCCAUUUUGCAUGAAAUCCUGUAUCACUGUAUUAGUCCAGUAUUUUAUUAAUAGAAAACAGCCACAAUGAUGUUUCUUACAUUGGGACUUUUCUAUUAUUAUUAUUUUCUCCCUUCUACAGAAGGGCAGCAGACCUGCUCCAGGCUAAACCUGAGUAAAAAUCUUGCCUGGCUUCACACGUGAUCAGAAAUCAGCAGCCUAUAUAGGGCACAGGGAAGGUUCAGAAAUGGUCUUCAUGGUUUCUUAUAGUCAGAAAAUUGAGCUGUUUAGAUGGAGCAAUCGGGGUAUUCACUACACAGAGACAUUCCCCAAAUCCCACCCUCUUCUCAGUUUCAGCAGCAGGUGUGUGGAUUCCAGUAGGCAUAUUCAUCCCUGGAGAAAUUAGAGACAGAAGUGUUUUCAGAAGGAUUGGUGUUUGCAGCACUUCUCCAAGAAAGCAGCGUGAUCCUCACCUCCAGGCUGAUGGAGGUAGGUGUGCUGAGAGGUGGCAGUCUGCCUACUCUUAGCUGAACAGCCUGGAACUGAGACUGCUUCAGGUGUGAGAGAUUUAGGUGUAAUUUCCUGCUCUGUGUAGUGGCAUUUGAUGUCUACUCUCCCACCUGCCACCACAUGACAGAGGACAGAGCAUCGGGCCUCUCACAUGAACUUGAAGCUACCACUGAGGGAUAGGAAUGGAAGGAAAGUGAAGAUCUUAUGCUGCUGAUAAUCACUUUCCAUGAGAACCCCUUGGAGCAGUGAUACCAAAAAGGUUCAAAGCUCUGAGCAAAAGCCAGGCUGCAAGACUGCAGCAGGAAAGCCCUCAGACUUGUGUGUGUUAAGGCACUUUAAGCACUGGGCAGCAAUUUAGUGAGAAGCUAAAAUGUGAUGGCAGGCAGUAGGAACUGUAGUACCACGCUUAUUAGGAGGAGCCCUCAGAGAUAUUGGGAGGAGGAAUUGUUACGGAUCCUGUGGGCAAUGCAGAAGUGAUGUGCAGAGACAGUGUGUGAGGUGUUCAAUAAACAUAGCAAGACUGGGCAGGAAUGGGCAGGACGUUUUUAGAUCUUAGUUCAGGGAUGAGCCCCCCUAAAUGCUGCCCAGAUGCUGCCUUAGGCACCUUUGCCCGUGUCAGACCCUGGCUGUGUGCGUGACAUAGUACUGCACAUCACUUGUAAAGUCAGAGUUCUUCGAGCCACAGCUGAGUGCUUCUACUCCAGGAGAAGCAUCGAUUCUCUGUGUUCAAGAAUUUCACAGAUAAACCUCAAACAACUCUGCUGCUGUGCUGCAAGCGAGUGUAGCUUAUGGAGGCUAUAGAUCCCCCACCCCCUUAUCAUUCUCAGAGGCUGCUCAUCAUCUAAUAAUCACCUUAGUGUAAUAAUUGAAAAAUUGUAAUGGGUUUGGAUUGUGUUGGUGUCAUUUUGUUUAGAUGAACAUAUGUCUGUAAUAAGGGACUACGUUUGCGUUCUGCAUUAUGUCAUGUGAAAUAGCAUGAGCUCUGUAAUAGCUACUUAAUUGAAUAAAAACUCUGGGUAAGCACUAGGCUUUUA